AUGGCGCCCCCCGUGAGGUACUGUAUCCCCGGCGAACGUCUGUGUAACUUGGAGGAAGGCAGCCCAGGCAGCGGCACCUACACCCGGCACGGCUAUAUCUUCUCGUCGCUCGCCGGUUGCCUGACGAAGAGCAGCGAGAACGGCGCGGUCUCUAGCAUUAAUUCACGCUUUGCCAAAGUACACAUCCUUUAUGUGGGGUCCACACCGCUGAAGAAUUCUUUUCGAGGAACUAUUCGCAAGGAAGAUGUUCGAGCUACUGAAAAAGAUAAGGUUGAAAUUUAUAAAAGUUUCCGCCCAGGUGACAUUGUCUUGGCUAAAGUCGUAUCCUUUAUUCUCAGCAGACUUCUAACGGGUCUCAGGCAAAUACUUGAGGUCUUAGGUCUUUGCUCCAACAGCAUCUUUUCCCUUCCAGGUGUCCAGAUGGUUCCCAUCAGCUGGUGUGAGAUGCAGUGUCCUAAAACCCACACAAAGGAAUUCCGGAAAGUGGCACGGGUACAGCCUGAAUUCUUGCAAACCUAA